CCUGUGGCUUUUUAAUAUUGUAUUAGUGUCCUUUGUCUUGUGGCUAGGCCUGAAGUGAGGUUAGCCCUGAGUGGCUGCAAACCCAUUUUUUUAUUUAUUGUACUUGUGGUCAUUUUAAUAUACCGAUUCUACCUUUUCAGUUAAAAAAAAAAAAAAAGUAUCAAACAACUGCAUGCGCAUAACUUUUUUUUUGAGAUAAGCACCUUUACAUUAAUGUCUUCCAAAUCAAGUUCGGUAUGCUUGUAUUUGCUGCUUCUACUGCUUGUAUCAGGCACUAGAACUGCAGUCUCACACUGGAUUGUCAAGACUCUUCCUGGCUUCCCUGGUGAAUUGCCCUUUAAACUUGAAACUGGAUACAUUAGUGUUGGUGAAGUGGAAUUCUUCUACUAUUUCAUCGAGUCGGAAGGGAACCCGGGAGCUGAUCCUCUCUUGCUCUACUUCAACGGAGGCCCUGGUUGUUCUGCUUUGAAUGGAUUUUUGUACCAGAUUGGCCCAUUAAAAUUCAAUAUCACUGAUUACACUGGGGGCUUACCAACACUGAUAUAUGAACCAAACACAUGGACAAAGACAGCCAAUGUGUUAUUUUUAGAUGCACCUGUGGGUGCUGGCUUCUCCUAUGCAACAAUCUCGGAAGCUUGGAGCGAAUCUGACACAAAAGUAGCUGCACAAGCCUAUGAGUUUCUGAGAAAUUGGUUGAUCGAACACUCAAAUUUCAUGAACAAUAUGGUCUAUCUGGGGAGCGACUCAUAUCAAGGAUUGGUCACCCCAAUUCUAGCCCAAGAUAUUAUAAAUGGCAAUGAAGCAGGAAUUGAGCCUCAAGUGAAUAUCAAAGGACUCUCGCUUGGAUGCCCACAUACAAAUUCAGAUCUCGAAGAUAACACAAUAGUAACAUUUGCACACCGAAUGGCUCUAAUAUCAGAUGCAAUGUAUAAGUCAGCCAAAACUAGUUGCAAUGGGAAUUACAUCGAUUCGACAAAUCCAAAAUGCACCGAGGCAGUUGCAUCAAUAUCCCAGUGCAUAGAGCAAGUAAAUGAAGCAGAUAUCUUGGGUCCCAAUUGUGCGUUCGUAUCACCAAAACCUAAAGAAGGUGCUCAAGGAGUUCUUAAAGAAAACUCAAGAAAUUUCAUCCUACCAUGGUCUAGGAAUGGAGACUUUUGGUGCAAAAAUUUUGAUUAUAUUCUCUUUGACAUAUGGAUAAAUUAUAAAAGUGUCCAAGAUGCUCUUCAUGUUCGACCGGGAACAGUCAAAGAAGUCUUUAGAUGCAACAUCACCUUGAAGUCGGAGUACUCCUUCAAUGUCAAAGAUGCGUUUCCCUAUUAUAAAAAUUUGACCAGCUCAGGCUUGCAAAUCUUGGUUUUCAGUGGCGAUCAUGACAUGACUGUCACACAUAUUGCUGUUGAACAAUGGAUUAAUUCUCUAGAUUUGACAAUUGAUACUGAAUGGAGACCAUGGUUUGUUGAUGGUCAGGUUGCAGGGUACACAAGGAGAUAUACAAAUAGCGGAUAUCGUUUGACAUAUGCAACUAUAAAGGGAGCUGGACACUCUCCAACAGAGUAUAAACGCAAGGAAUGUUAUGACAUGUUCCAUAGAUGGAUUCACUACUAUCCUCUCUAGUUCUUUCCUUCAAUUAUUGCUUUUGGAGGAAUGUUAAAGCAUAUUUUAUUCCUAGUAAUAAGUGUUAGGGUUUUUGGUCCCAAAUGUCACAAGGUUAAUCAACUUUUAACCGCGGACUUAACCCUAAAUCUACUGCUACCUCAUGUUGUAUUUAUUGGUGUGACUACACGAAGUUCCGAAUGCACAGACUCUUCUAUUAUGGGCGUUGUUGCACAUGAACUUCCUGUUAAGAUUAGUGCCCUUAAAUCCUAUUAUAUGAUGUUAUGUAUGAUAUUAUGUAUGACAUUAUAUAUGACUUAA